UGCUUUUUCCCGGUUCACUCUCCGUUUCCCCGUCUUGCGCACUUCAAGCCCGUUACACUUUACAUCCGUCAUGGCCCUCGGAGCCUAGACAAAAUCUCCCCCAAAUAACAAACUCUUAUCAAGUCGUAAACUCAAACUGUACUAGUUCAGUGCCACAACCUCGGGUCAGGGAACAAGAUAACCAAGGGAACUGUGCUCCAAGCGCACGCACGGCAUGUUGGUCUCAGCGGCAGAUAUGCCCCUCGCCUGCAAGAAAAUCCAAUAAGCUGCAUACCUUAUACAGCUUCAUAGACCCCCUCCCACCUCACUCUCCAACUCGCCGUCAAAACGCAAACCAGAAAACCGAGGCCUUCACUCCAGGGUUUCGACAUCCUCAACAUCAUCUGUUGCCACAGACCGCAAACACCCCGCACAGACACCAUGGCCUUCCUCAACCCCGUCCAUGGACUCGUUGUCCCCUUCCUCUGCCUCUUCACCAUUCCCAUGGCCAUCUUCGCGAGUAUCACCUCCGCCCUCGCCUUCUCUUUGCUCAUGUUCCGCGUAGCCAUCGUCUACGUCGACAUAGCCAUGGCAUUCGUCCCCCAGUUCAUCAAAGGCCGUCACUACCAUAGCGUCACUGACGGCGAACUUCUUACUCCACGCCGUCUAUCCUCUAGUAGCACAGGCAGCGUCGGAAACAGAGCCGCCGGGGAUAGUGAGGACAACUCGCCCUUAGCCGUCGUCUCUCCCUCCCCUUACUACUACAACGGUUACGACUCCCACCAACGGAGUCCUCUCCGCCGCAAGAGCAGCUACGGCUUUGGCACCGUUCGUCGCUCUCGCCGCUCUAGUCAAGCAUCCAUCUCGCCUACCAUCGCUUCCAUCCGGGAAGACGCCGAGAUGGUUCCCCCUCUGCCCGAGACCGGCGGGCUGGCUCCCUCGGUCGGCAUCCAGCGAGACUUUGAAGGAGUAGGCGGGUGGCGACUGAACGACAGCAAUGACGACGACGACGCCUGGCAGAACAUCAACUCACGGCUGGAACUGCCGAUGGAAAGGUGCUCCAGCUUUGUGGGUCGGUACCACCACAGUCUGAGCCAUCGAUCGCAUAGUGCUGGGCCGUCGCAAUCGUUGGAGGCGGGUUGGAUGGGGGGAAGUACUAAUGGUAGAAAGGGGACUUUGAGAAGUGGAAAUGGCACAGCUGGAUCGGGACAUUGUGCCGAGGCGCAAACGAAUAAUUGGCAUGGUACGGGCGCCAGGGCGAAUAAGAGCGCUUUUGGAAGCAUAUCGAAGAUGGCGCUGCCGCCGGGGGAUAGGAGGAACAAUCACCGUAAUGGAAACGGGGUGUCGCCGAUGGGUAUGGGGAUGUGGGAGAAGGAGCAAGAGUACUUUGCGGGUUUCACUUCUCAGAAAGGGAAGUGGAGGCCUACGGCGUGAAUAAUUGUCAUGUUAUGUUUGUCUAAUUUUGCUGAUCUGGACAAUGUUCGUAUACGUAACCAGGGCCCC